GCGGCGGCAGGAGCCCGCGCCCGGCCCGGCGCCCGCCCCGCGCUGCUCCGCGGCGCCUUUUCUGCACCCGCCGCUCCGCGGAGCGGGAGCCUCGGCCCUGCGCGCGGCUGCCGCGAGCUGCCCCGCGCCCGGCCAGGCCCCCGCCUUAGGGAUGGCAAACUUGCGCCCCGUGGCCGCCUCCGCCCGCGCCGGCCCCCGCUCCUGCUACUGACGGCGCCCAGGGCAAGGGACGUAGGAUGACCCCAGCCCGUCCCCUCUUACUGUCUGUGAUUCUGUCCCUGCGCCUGGCCGCCGCCUUCGACCCCGCCCCCAGCGCCUGCUCCGCCCUGGCCUCGGGCGUGCUCUACGGGGCCUUCUCGCUGCAGGACCUCUUUCCUACCAUUGCCUCGGGCUGCUCCUGGACCCUGGAGAACCCUGACCCCACCAAGUACUCCCUCUACCUGCGCUUCAACCGCCAGGAGCAGGUGUGCGCCCACUUUGCCCCCCGCCUGCUGCCCCUGGACCACUACCUGGUCAACUUUACCUGCCUGCGGCCCAGCCCCGAGGAGGUGGUGGCCCAGGCGGAGUCGGAGGUGGGGCGGCCAGAGGUGGAGGAGGAGGCAGUGGGGUUGGAGCUGUGCGGUGGCUCGGGCCCCUUUACCUUCCUGCACUUCGACAAGAACUUCGUGCAGCUGUGCCUGUCGGCUGAGCCCUCGGAGGCGCCACGCCUGCUGGCGCCCGCUGCCCUGGCCUUCCGCUUUGUGGAGGUCUUGCUCAUCAACAACAACAACUCCAGUCAGUUCACCUGCGGAGUGCUCUGCCGCUGGAGUGAGGAGUGUGGCCGCGCUGCCGGCAGGGCCUGUGGCUUUGCCCAGCCGGGCUGCAGCUGCCCUGGUGAGGCGGGGGCUGGCCUCGCCACCACCACACCUCCAAGUCCUCCUGCUGCUCACACCCUGUCCAAUGCCCUGGUGCCCGGGGGCCCAGCCCCGCCUGCUGAGGCCGAUUUGCACUCGGGGAGCAGCAAUGACCUGUUCACAACCGAGAUGAGAUAUGGUGAGGAGCCGGAAGAGGAACCGAAGGUGAAAACCCAGUGGCCAAGGUCGGCAGAUGAGCCUGGGCUGUACAUGGCGCAGACAGUGCACGGCGUGUGGGAGGAGUGGGGGUCCUGGAGCCUGUGCUCCCGCAGCUGCGGGCGGGGGUCCCGGAGCCGGAUGCGGACCUGCGUGCCCCCCCAGCACGGCGGCAAGGCCUGCGAGGGUCCCGAGCUGCAGACUAAGCUCUGCAGUAUGGCCGCCUGCCCGGUGGAAGGCCAGUGGCUAGAAUGGGGUCCCUGGGGCCCAUGCUCCACGUCCUGUGCCAAUGGGACCCAGCAGCGCAGCCGGAAGUGCAGUGUGGCUGGCCCAGCCUGGGCCACGUGUACGGGUGCCCUCACCGACACCCGCGAGUGUGGCAACCUUGAGUGCCCGGCCACAGAUGGCAAGUGGGGGCCGUGGAAUGCGUGGAGCCUAUGCUCCAAGACGUGUGACACCGGCUGGCAGCGCCGCUUCCGCAUGUGCCAGGCCACGGGCGCGCAGGGCUACCCCUGCGAGGGCACCGGAGAGGAGGUGAAGCCCUGCAGUGAGAAGAGGUGUCCAGCCUUCCAUGAGAUGUGCAGGGACGAGUACGUGAUGCUGAUGACGUGGAAGAAGGCAGCUGCUGGCGAGAUCAUCUACAACAAGUGCCCCCCCAAUGCCUCGGGGUCUGCCAGCCGCCGCUGCCUCCUCAGUGCCCAGGGCGUGGCAUACUGGGGGCUGCCCAGCUUUGCCCGCUGCAUCUCCCAUGAGUACCGCUACCUGUAUCUAUCACUUCGGGAGCACCUGGCCAAGGGGCAGCGCAUGCUGGCGGGUGAGGGCAUGUCACAAGUGGUGCGCAGCCUGCAGGAGCUGCUGGCCCGGCGCACCUACUAUAGCGGGGAUCUGCUCUUCUCCGUGGACAUUCUGAGGAACGUCACUGACACCUUCAAGAGGGCCACCUAUGUGCCCUCGGCUGAUGAUGUGCAGCGCUUCUUCCAGGUAGUGAGCUUCAUGGUGGAUGCAGAGAACAAGGACAAGUGGGAUGAUGCUCAGCAGGUGUCCCCUGGCUCCGUGCACCUGCUCCGUGUUGUGGAGGACUUCAUUCACCUGGUGGGCGAUGCUCUCAAGGCCUUCCAGAGCUCUCUGAUCGUCACAGACAACCUGGUGAUCAGCAUCCAGAGAGAGCCCGUCUCCGCUGUGUCCAGCGACAUCACAUUCCCCAUGCGGGGCCGCCGGGGCAUGAAGGACUGGGUGCGGCACUCUGAGGACCGCCUCUUCCUGCCCAAGGAGGUGCUCAGCCUCUCCUCCCCAGGGAAGCCAGCUGCAUCUGGGGCAGCAGCAGGCAGCCCUGGCAGGGGGAGGGGCCCGGGAACGGUGCCCCCUGGUCCAGGCUACUCCCACCAGCGCCUCCUCCCGGCAGACCCCGAGGAGUCCUCCUCCUACUUUGUGAUCGGUGCUGUGCUCUACCGCACCCUCGGCCUCAUCCUGCCGCCCCCCAGGCCCCCGCUAGCCGUCACAUCCAGGGUAAUGACAGUGACUGUGCGGCCCCCCACCCAGCCACCAGCUGAGCCUCUCAUCACAGUGGAGCUCUCCUACAUCAUCAACGGCACCACAGAUCCCCACUGCGCCAGCUGGGACUACUCCAGAGCAGAUGCCAGCUCAGGGGACUGGGACACCGAGAGCUGCCAGACCCUGGAGACCCAGGCAGCCCACACCCGCUGCCAGUGCCAGCACCUGUCCACCUUUGCUGUGCUGGCCCAGCUGCCCAAGGACCUGACCCUGGAGCUGGCAGGCUCCCCCUCGGUCCCCCUCGUGAUCGGCUGUGCCGUGUCCUGCAUGGCGCUGCUCACCCUCCUUGCCAUCUACGCCGCCUUCUGGAGGUUCAUAAAGUCUGAACGCUCCAUCAUCUUGCUGAACUUCUGCCUGUCCAUCUUGGCCUCCAACAUCCUGAUCCUUGUGGGCCAGUCGCGGGUGCUGAGCAAGGGUGUGUGCACCAUGACAGCCGCCUUCCUGCACUUCUUCUUCCUCUCCUCCUUCUGCUGGGUGCUCACUGAGGCCUGGCAGUCCUACCUGGCUGUCAUCGGGCGGAUGCGCACCCGCCUCGUUCGCAAGCGCUUCCUCUGCCUGGGCUGGGGUCUGCCUGCCCUGGUGGUGGCCGUGUCUGUGGGCUUUACCCGCACCAAAGGAUAUGGUACAUCCAGCUACUGCUGGCUCUCCCUGGAGGGUGGCCUGCUCUACGCCUUUGUAGGCCCUGCGGCCGUCAUUGUCCUGGUGAAUAUGCUCAUCGGAAUCAUCGUCUUCAACAAGCUCAUGGCGCGUGAUGGCAUCUCAGACAAGUCCAAGAAGCAGAGGGCCGGGUCGGAGCGGUGCCCCUGGGCCAGCCUGCUCCUCCCCUGCUCAGCGUGUGGAGCGGUCCCCAGCCCCCUGCUCAGCUCAGCCUCGGCCAGGAACGCCAUGGCCUCGCUCUGGAGCUCCUGCGUGGUGCUGCCCCUGCUGGCGCUCACUUGGAUGUCUGCCGUCCUGGCCAUGACCGACCGCCGCUCCGUCCUCUUCCAGGCCCUCUUCGCUGUCUUCAACUCCGCGCAGGGCUUUGUCAUCACCGCUGUGCACUGCUUCCUGCGCCGAGAGGUCCAGGACGUGGUUAAGUGCCAGAUGGGUGUGUGCCGGGCCGAUGAGAGUGAAGACUCGCCCGACUCGUGUAAGAACGGGCAGCUGCAGAUCCUGUCAGACUUUGAAAAGGAUGUGGAUCUGGCUUGUCAGACAGUUCUGUUCAAGGAGGUCAACACUUGCAACCCGUCCACCAUCACGGGCACACUGUCCCGCCUGUCCCUGGACGAGGACGAGGAGCCCAAGUCCUGCCUCGUGGGUCCCGAGGGCGGCCUCAGCUUCUCACCACUGCCUGGGAAUAUCCUGGUGCCCAUGGGAGCCUCACCAGGGCUGGGGGAGCCGCCGCCUCCCCAGGAGGCCAACCCCGUGUACAUGUGUGGGGAGGGUGGCCUGCGGCAGCUGGACCUCACAUGGCUGCGGCCAGCCGAGCCUGGCUCUGAGGGGGACUACAUGGUGUUGCCCCGGCGGACUCUGAGCCUGCAGCCUGGCAGUGGAGGCGGAGGUGGCGAGGAUCCCCAGAGGGCCCGGCCUGAGGGCACCCCGCGGCGGGCUGCCAAGACACUGACCCACACCGAAGGCUACCCCAGCUUCCUGUCUGUGGACCACUCGGGCCUGGGACUGGGCCCUGCCUAUGGGUCUCUACAGAACCCCUAUGGGAUGACCUUCCAACCACCGCCGCCGACGCCCAGCGCCCGCCAAGUACCCGAGCCAGGGGAGCGUAGCCGGACCAUGCCCCGCACCGUGCCCGGCUCCACCAUGAAGCUGGGCUCCCUGGAGCGAAAGAAGUUACGGUACUCGGACCUGGACUUUGAGAAGGUGAUGCACACCCGGAAACGGCACUCGGAACUCUACCACGAGCUCAACCAGAAAUUUCACACUUUCGACCGCUACCGCAGCCAGUCCACGGCCAAGGAGAAGCCCAGCCCAGGGGAGCGUCCUGGCUUGUCCCAACCACGGCGACAUCAGAGCUGGAGCACCUUCAAGUCUAUGACGUUGGGCUCGCUGCCCCCCAAACCCCGAGAACGGCUGGCCCUGCACCGAGCAACAGCCUGGGAGCCCACGGAACCGCCUGAUGGCGACUUCCAGACAGAGGUGUGAGUGCCAUGCCGGACUGCCCACUGCGUAUAAAUAUAUAUAUCUCUCUAUUUUCACACUCCACUUUGGAACUACCCAGGAGCCAGCGCCCCCUCCCCUCUCCCGAGGGCUGGGCAGGGAGGCGCAGUGGACUCAGCUGGGCUGGGGGAGCCAGAAAUGGUGUGGUCUAGGGGGCCAGGGCCCUUCCCUGUUUCUCACAGGUCCCUCAGCCACUGGAGCCCCAUCUUUGCCCCAGACUGUCUGUCCCUGUCCCGGGCUGGGGAGGGGGGAGGGAAACUU